UCGAAUCCAAGCGUCCACUGUCCACUCGCGGUCCCGCCUCUCUGCCUUCUCGCAGUGCAUCGAUGAGCAAAGUUGUCGUCUCACUGUUGUUACGCCUAGUAGUAGUCUUGAUGCACUUGUCAGCUUUUAUCCCCACAAUUUGAUAGAACAGCUAUACAGAGAGCUCCGUCGACUUUUGUAUGGAGAAACUUCGUUUUGCUCGCCUGGACUCCUUGUGAGCUUCGUAUGAAUAGAGCUUAGUAGUCUCGCUUCUUUUACAGUGAACCGGCUACAACAGGGCCCUUGUCCAAACAUGAAGAAGUUUAGAAGAGGGGGACUUGGUGCCCGCCAGCUUUAACAUCGCUGUCAUAGCUGUAAAAAUGGGCUUGUUUCGCCGCGCGGACGGGCCAGCAGUGGUCGCUGAGGCGCAUCGGCACAUACCGCUGGGCUCAAGCCUGGACACAGAGGAGCACCUGCCCUACCGCGGCAACUAUGCCUCCACAACGAAGUACACGUUGCUUACGUACCUGCCGAAGGCGCUCUUCGAGCAAUAUCGGCGUGUGGCCAACAUCUUCUUCACCUUAAUGGCGGCGCUGUCUCUCACGCCCUUCAGUCCGCUCAGGCCCUGGACAUGCUGGACGCCGCUGGUGCUGGUGGUGGGUGUGUCCAUGAUCAAGGAGGCGCGGGAGGACUACAAGCGCUACAAGCAGGACAGGGAGGUCAAUGAGCGGCCCACGCGCGUGCUGGACAGGAAGACCGGUGAAUUUGUGACGAUACCAUGGAAGGCGCUCCGCGUCGGCGACAUAGUGCAGGUGUGCCGCGACGAGUACCUGCCCGCAGAUCUGGUGCUGCUAUCCACCUCCAGCGAUGAGGGCACCUGCUACAUCGAGACGAUGAACCUCGACGGCGAGACGAACCUGAAGAUCAAGGCCGCGCCGGAGGAGACCCGCAGCCUGGAGGAGGCCGACCUGGUGGGCCUCAACGCCAUCAUCGACUGCGAGGGACCCAACUCGCGCCUGUACCAGUUCACAGGCAACCUGCGCCUGCGGGCGCCGCUGCCGCCCACCGUGGUCGCAGCCAUGGCAGCGGCGCAGGCCAUGGCGGCAGCGGCCAAGGCGGCAGCCGCCGCCGAGGCCGGUGGCGGGGAAAAGGAAAAGCUCGAGCAAGAGGGGCCGGGUUGGGGCCGUGCAGCGGCCAAGAGCCUGCUUGCGAAUGGCAUGGAGGCGCACGCGGCGACCCUUAAGUCUAUGGCGUCGACAACAGUCGCCGCGUCGGAGCCCAGUCGAUGGAACUUCCGUGCGUCGCAGCGGCGGGCCAGCACACGCGUGGAGCCGCCGCACGAGUAUGUGGCGUCACUGGCCGCGUCGGCGGUGGUGCUGCGCGGCUGCAGCCUGCGCAACACCACCUGCAUCUACGGCGUGGUCAUCUACGCGGGCCACGACACCAAGAUAUUCAUGAACUCCACCGAGGCGCCCUCCAAGCGCUCCUACAUCGAGCGAACCGUGGACCGCAUCAUCCUCAUGUUCUUCUGCGUGCUGCUCAUCUGGUGCCUCAUCUCCGCCGUGUACCACGCCUGGUGGACCAACACCCACUUCCGCCAGCACUGGUACAUGCGCCCCGACGCCCUGGACGCCGACUCCGAUCCGGACAACCCCGCACAGACCGGCGCCGUCAACUUCUUUGUGGCGCUACUACUCUACAGCUACUUGGUGCCUGUGUCGCUGUACGUGUCCAUCGAGAUGGUCAAGGUGUUCCAGGCUAUGGUGCUCAUUGCGCAGGACCGCGACAUAUACCACGCGGAGACGGACACGCCCGCGCUGGCGCGCACGUCCAACCUUAACGAGGAGUUGGGCAUGGUGGCGGCGGUGAUGACCGACAAGACCGGCACGCUGACACGCAACGUGAUGGAGUUUUUCAAAUGCUCCAUUGCGGGCGUGCCGUACGGAGCGGGCAUUACGGAGAUUGAGCGCUCCAACGCGCUCAGGAAGGGCCAGGUUCUGGACGACCGCGAGCGGCCCGACGCGGCCAAGUUCCGCGAGCGCUUCUUCAACUUCUACGACGACCGCCUGAUGGGCGAGGCGUGGUACAGCGCCAAGGACCCCGUCACCAUCGAAAUGUUCUUCCGCCUGCUGGCCGUGUGCCACACCGUCAUCCCCGACGGCCCCACGGAUGAGAAGAGCAUCAAGUACGAGGCCGAGUCCCCCGACGAGGCUGCGCUGGUGGUGGCUGCCAAGGCGUUUGGCUUCUUCUUCUUCAAGCGCACCAACACCACCAUCACGGUUCGGGAGCGCACGCCGCGCGGCACCACGGACGUGGAGUAUGAGGUGCUGAACAUCCUGGAGUUCAACUCCACCCGCAAGCGCAUGAGCGUGGUGGUCAAGGAGAAGGCCAACGAGAAGAUCAUCAUCUUCUGCAAGGGUGCGGACACGGUCAUCUACGAGCGCCUGGACCCCAACUACGGCCCCAACGAGGACGCCAAACAGGCCACGACCCGUGACAUGGAGGACUUUGGAGCGUCCGGCCUGCGCACGCUGUGCCUGUCGUACGCCGAGGUGGACCGCGACUGGUACGACGCCUGGGCCAAGGAGUGGGACGCAGGCAAGAAGUCUCUCGACGACCGCGAGAGCAAGCUGGCGGAAGCUGCGGAGAAGAUCGAGCGCAACCUGCGGCUGCUGGGCUGCACGGCCAUCGAGGACAAGCUGCAGGAGGGCGUGCCGGACUGCAUCCGGAUGCUGGCGCUGGCGGGCAUCCGCAUCUGGGUGCUCACCGGCGACAAGAUGGAGACGGCCAUCAACAUCGGGUUCGCCUGCUCGCUGCUCACGGAGGAGAUGCACCAGCACACGGUCACGGCGUCCUCGGCGCGGGUGGAGGAGCUGGAAAAGGCGGGCCGGCGGCAGGAGGCGGAGGCGCUGGCGGCGGAGCUGGUGGCCAAGCAGCUGGACAAGAUUGACUUGGAGCUCAGGCAGGCUACCGAGGCGGCGACCGGGGCAGCCGGCAAAGCUGGUGGCGCCGGCGCGGGGCCGAAGCAGGGCGGCGCUGGACCGGGCAUCGGCGGCGGCAUGGGCGGCGAUGCCAUUGACGCGGCGCUAAUCAUCGACGGAAAGGCGCUGAGCUACGCGCUGUCAAAAGACCUGGCGCCGCUGCUGCUGCGCGUGGGCCUGCGCUGCAAGGCGGUGGUGUGCUGCCGCGUGUCGCCGCUGCAGAAGGCGCAGGUGACGGGGCUGGUGCGCAGCACCGGCAGCAUCACGCUGGCGAUCGGCGACGGCGCGAACGACGUCAGCAUGAUCCAGCGAGCACACAUUGGUGUGGGCAUCAGCGGCCAGGAGGGCAUGCAGGCAGUCAUGUCGGCGGAUUUCGCCAUUGCGCAGUUCCGCUACCUGGUGCCGCUUCUGCUGGUGCACGGGCAAUACAGCUACAAGCGCAUCACGCGAAUGAUCAACUUUUUCUUCUACAAGAACAUGCUGUUUGCAAUAACACUUUUCACCUACUCGGCAUUCACAACUUUCUCCGGCUCCUACAUCUACAACGACACGUCCAUGACGUUGUUCAAUGUGGCGUUCACGUCCGCCACGCCGCUGCUGGUGGGCAUGUUCGACCGGCCGCUGGGCAAGCGGGCCAUGCUGCGGUACCCGCAGCUGUACCGCCAGGGCAUUGCCAACCGCGACUUCAACGCCGCCACCAUCCUGGGCUGGAUGUUCUCGGCGCUGCUGCAGUCCGGCAUCAUCCUGGUGCUGUGCCUGGUGGGAUGCCGCGGCACCACCGCCUCCGCAGACCACGGCAUCCCCUGGAGCAUGGCCGAGGUGGGGGUGGUGAUGUUCACGUCGAUCGUGCUCACCAUCCACCUGCACCUCACCAUGGUGGAGGAGGCCUGGACCUGGGUACACCACCUGGCCAUCUGGGGCAGCGUGGCGCUGUGGUACCUGUACCUGGUGGCCUUCGCCUACUUCCCCGUGUCGUGGAGCCUGGAGAUGUGGCACCUGUUCGAGGGCAUUGUGGCGCCCAACGCCCAGUUCUGGCUCUACAGCCUGAUCAUACCCGCGGCGGCGCUGCUGCCCAACUUCGCCUUCCGCGCCGUCAGCCGGCUGCUGUGGCCAAGCGACGAGGACAUCAUCCGUGAGAUGCAGAAGGUGGAGCGCGCAGCCAACAGCGACUCCUCGCACCGCGCCGGCGGCGCAGCUGGGGCCGCAGCCGGCGCCGCCAGUGAGCACCACGCCCUGCAGAAGCACAAGGGCGGCGGAGGGCUGCUCAUGGCAGCGAUGGGCAGCGGCAGCAACCGCGUAGCGCCCGAGCCGCCCGCAUCGCCGCUCGGUGGCGGCGCGCGCGGCGGCGGCGGCGCCGGCGUCAAGUCGGCGGCGGCGAUUGCCGUGGCUGAGGGCGGGCCAGGGAAUAAGUCGUUCGCGGUCACGGCGGUCAUUGCUGCUGGCGGCGAUGGGGCUGGCGCGGGCGGGGCUGGUGGUGGGAAGGGCAAGGGCGGGCGGUGGAGCGCGACUGGGCAAGAUGGCGUUGAGGAGCUGGAUGGCGAGGAGGCCGCAGACGACGUCACGGCGGCGCCUCCACAGCCGCCCCCUGGCGCCCUGACGGGCACCCGGAGCAGCCGCGACGGCAACCCCAACGGCUUCAGGGUGGUCGGCAACAAGGGGCCUGGCUCGACAAUGCACUCAGCAAGUGGUAAUGGCUCCCGCGCCGCAAGUCGAGCGGGCCCGUCACCCUUUGCAGCGGCGCUGGCUCCGCCGCCUCCGGGCGCAACCAGCAACACCAGCGGGCUAGAUGAGCUGACGCUGGUCUCCGCCGACGGCGGCGGCAUCGACGGUGCCGACGGCGGCGCCGAUGGGAGGGAGUCGCCGCUGCUUGGCUCCUUUGCACCAUCCCCGACGCGCAGCGUCGCCGGCCCGAGCGUGGGGCAUAUCCCCAUCGCCGGCCGCAGCCGAACCGCGGGACUGCCCACUGUGGGCAGCUCCACGAGCCUUGUAGGGGGAGCGGGUGGGGUGCUGGCAGGCAACGGGCACCACUCGCAGCGCUUCGCCCACCAGGCUCACCUACCGCAUGCGGCGCUGGCGUCGUCCAUCUCGACACCCGUGCUUGGGGAGGACGGCGGCCGCAACAACAGCGGGACGGGCCGCGCCGCUGCGGGCGCGGGCGCGGGCGUCGGGCCGGGGUCAAGCGCAACGGCGUCGCCGCGAACGCAGGCCGCCGUUGCGCGGGGGCAGGCAGGGACCAUGGGCAGCAGGGGCGGCGGCGGCGGCGGCGAGAUGCAGCCUACGGCUUCCAUGUCGGGCGGGAGGAUGGUGGUUGGCCAGGCGUCCGGCCAGACGGGCGACAGCGCCAGCGGCGUGCGGGAGGUGUCUACAUUGUCCCGGGCAUCGUCGUCAUCGGUGCAGGGAUAGGCUGCUGAGACGAAACAGCGCAUGCGUUGGGUUCUCACGGCAUGCUUCAUGGCGACUGUGAGGGUUUGCUUUCCCCAUGUGCAUUGGUUGGUUGGCAGGGGUGAACGGCGGGGCUGCAAUGUCUGUGCGGUCUCAAGUGGCGGUCAUGGCGAGGGACGUGCGUGGCGGAACGGGUUCUGCCUGGCUGUGAUUCCCGAUGACCAGUGCUUCUGUAUUAUGGAAAUCUGCGCAGCAUGUAGACGGUAUCAGAGUGCAUGGUUUCAGUUGCUUGCGCAAGCCACUUCAUGCACCAGGCAACCCGCUGCUGUGUCGUUGUGAUUCUUGCUCUGACAUGAUGUGUUUUUAUGCCAAUGACGGGAGGGCUCUAUUGCUUCAUGCAAUGCGCCCCGCGCUGGCGUCAGUAACUGUGAAUGGACCUAAACGAGCAUUGAACACGAAUCAUGCAGUGACAUUGGGUUGGCGUGCUGUAGCUUGCUGUCGCUUUUGUGUUGCGGCUGGAAGAUUGCCGCGAUGCACAGCGUUGCACAGCGGAACGGGGAUUGUUUGCAGGGACUUGAUGUGGAGUGGUUGUGGAAAGGCGUGCACGAUAUGCAUGCGCGUGUAUUCUGAAUAGCAUGCAAGCGAGCGGAGAGAAGCAUGUGGGCUACGGCAUUGGAUGAGGGAUGCAUGGUGGUCUGGCCUUGUUGUGCCACGCGCUGGAGUGCCGGAUCGUGUUCCGCAGAGGCGAAGGGGCCGAGGGUAGCGAGGAUAGAGGGGACAUGAUGGCACGUUGCGAACUGGCUGCAGCGCCUGCACCAUUUCUCCAAGGCGUGUGGCGACCCGUGGUGUCAAGGGGUGCGGUCCCGCCUGUUGUAAGGCCGUGUGUUG